UGCGCCCAUAAGCUUCAUGCAAUCUGACCUCCCAGGUUUUUCCAUGUGUAUGCCGUUAAAAAAAAUUUCGAGCCACUAGCAGCAUGUUUCCAUAUUCUCAUCUCUGAAUGCGCGCAGGCCUGCGGUGAGGAACCUAGAUUGAUCCAACGUCACAGUGGCGUAUUCCUUCCUUGUGGAUAACAGACACGUUUUCUCCAAAAAAAAAAACACUUUUCCCCACUUUUCUUUUUUUUCCUGAUUGUCUCUCGUGCUGCAUUUUCUUUACAGAAUCUCAGUUAGCGCAACAUCAACAUGUCCCAAAACGGCAUGUGGAUCAUAGGCUAUGGGUCUCUCAUCUUUAAACCCCCACCAUUAGUCUCGUUCCGCGUCUCUGGCACCAUCCAGGGCUAUAUCAGGCGAUUUUGGCAGUCUUCUUCUGACCAUAGGGGUACCCCUGAACUGCCGGGACGCGUGGUUACCUUGGUGCCGCUCGACGAUUUGAAACAGCAUGAGAUCUUCAAUGGGAGCGUUCAUAACUACGAAAUCCUGCCAAGCUCAGGAGCAGACCUGGCAUUGAAAGAAUCGGCACAAGACGUGUCAAAAUUGCAAGCACACGAUCUCAAAGUGUGGGGUGUAGCCUACUAUAUAGAGCCUGAAAACGUCGAAGAAGUUAAACAGUAUUUGGACAUCAGAGAACAGGAUGGCUACACCCUCCAUACUGUGGAAUUCCACGUGCACUCCAUGCCUGAUAAUAACCCCGAAGCCAAUGACAUACUUUCUGCUCUUCCGAGAGCAGACGAUGGCGACUUGUACAUCAAAUCCCAUGUCUACAUAGGCACCAUCGACAACCAGUCUUUUGUAGGGCCUGAGAGCAUCGCAAAAACCGCUCAGAUCAUCAAAAGUAGCAGAGGGCCCAGCGGCGACAACUUCCUGUACUUGAAAAAUCUCACCACAUCUGUGAUAGCAUUGCAUUCUGACCUGGCUUCGGCGGAUUCGUACUUAGAGGCACUUACCCACCUAUCUUUGCCAGCUUCUCAGAUGGAACCGAAAGGAUUUAGCCAGUUGUAAGAUGGAUAUUUUGGCAGAUAUUGAUAUCUGUAUCACACAUGCUUAUCUCGGUGGAUCUGUCUUGACGUCUGAUCUGAUGAGAUGAAUAAAAGUAGGUGAGGCCUCUCAGUUUGCACUGCUUUUUUCAUUGUUAAUAUUGAGCUAGCUUAGCGGUUGAAAGCAUGGAGCUUAACAUGUUCGCUAGUAAAAAGCCGUCCUUGCUGUGAUCCUUCCACAUACACUAUACUGACGUGCGAAAUCAAACUUUUAAGAAUACCUCGUUCCCAAAUUUCGACCAUGUAAUACAUAACAAGAAACCUUAAGGAAAAUAAAAUGAACUUUGAAUGCUCUUAUGCAAAAUGGAUAACAUAUCAUAUUCUUCAUUGCAAGCUGAGUGUCGCAAGAUAAAAAAUUAAGACCCUACAAAAGGCGUCUAGCCUUUAUGGAAUGUAGAGAACAUUUAUAGAGAAGUAUAUCGUUGCGAAUCCCCCGGAA